UUGAUUUACCACCAAUACCAAAACAAAUACCACAAUCUUCUUAUUAUUUUAAUAUCGAACGAAUUGAUGAAUUUCAAUGGAUGCAAGAUCCUAAUAAUCAGGAUGUUCGAGAAUAUAUAGCUGCAGAAAAUGAGUUUGUGGAGAUGAAAAAUAAAUUAAUGACUCCAGGAGUAAUAUCUCCAUUAAAAGUUGUAUCAAAUGGCUAUGAAUAUUACACAAUGCCUUCGAAUUAUGGUAGCAUUUAUUAUCGCCGUAAAAAAGGAAAUUUGUCGAAUGAAGAAGUUUUACUGGAUUCUAAACAAUUUGCAAGAGAAAAUAAACAAAUUAAAUCUGUGCUAUUAUCAACUGAUGAAAAUUUACUCGGGUAUUUGAUUGAAAAAGAAGGCGAUGAAGUUGGAUCAUUACAUUUUAAAGAUUUAUCUAGGCAUAAUAAUUAUCAGAAUGAGAUAUUAAACGGAGUUUUCAAUUUUUUGUGGGGAACAAAUAUUCAUGCUGUUUAUUAUACUGUUACUGAUGAACAACUCAGAUCCUACAAGGUCUAUGCACACAAAAUGGGGACAUCACAACGGGAUGACAUACUCAUAUAUGAAGAAAAGGAUCACACUUCUUUUGUUGAUAUUACUUGUUCCAAAGAUCAGUCCUUUAUUAUGAUAAAUUCAAACACCUUUUCAUCAUCUGAAGUUCGAUUCUUUGACGCUCAUCAUGAUAUGUCUCAGGGUGCACCUGAAUUAAAAUUAAUUGAACCAAGGACGUUUGGAUUGGAAUAUUAUGUUGAUCAUCGUGACGGUUACUUUUAUAUUUUGACAAAUGCUGAUCAUUCACAUAAUUUUAAACUUGCUCGUACGAGAAUAGAAAAUUACGGAAAAAAGUAUUGGGAAACUAUAUUUACUGUUAAAGAGACUGAAAGAAUUGAAGAUGUUGAUUUAUUUCAAGACUAUGCAGUCAUAUUUGCAAAAAGCGAAGGCUUACCUGUUCUCAUGUGCUAUGAAUUGAAAUCUUCUGAUGUUCAUCAAAUAACGCUGCCUACAAACUUGUGUGCCGUCUCUCCAGAAAUAAAUAACGAUUAUAAUACAAACAUUGUUCGGUUUACAUGUAACUUGCCUUUGGCUCAUGAAACAACUUAUGAAUAUAACAUGAAAGCGCGUAAUCUAUAUUCUGUAAGAUCUAAAUCAAUUAACGGUAUGAAAUGUUAUCCUUCAUUAUUUUUGAUAAUUCAAAAUAAUUUAACAGACGUCCGUCUAGGUUUUGACAGUAAUUUAUAUACAAGUUAUCGAGUACAUGCUAAGGCUUCAGAUGGUGCUGAAAUACCAAUAACUAUAUUACAUAAGAAAUCUCUAAUAAUGAAUCACAAUAACCCAGUUCUAGUAAGUUCUUAUGGUGCAUAUGGUAUAACUACAGACCCAGAAUUCCAACUUGAACAUUUCCCAUUGUUAGAGAGAGGUUGGGUUAUUGCCCUUGCACAUGUUCGGGGCGGAUCAGAAUUAGGUUAUUCAUGGUAUGACCAAGGCCGAUUGAUGAACAAAAAAAAUUCAUUUACCGACUUCAUUUCGGUUGUGGAAUAUUUAAUCAGCUCAGGGUAUUCUAACGUAUCAAAAAUUUCUGCAAUUGGUGUCAGUGCUGGUGCGGCUUUUAACAUGCGACCAGAUCUUUUUCGAGUAUUAAUUUUAAGAGUUCCAUUCCUGGAUCCAUUGACAAGUAUGCUAGAUCCAAAUCUGCCCCUUACAAAGAUAGAAUACAAUGAAUGGGGUAAUCCUUUGGAAGACGAAAAUGCAUAUAAAUACAUUUCUAGUUAUGCACCUUAUGAUAAUAUCUCUUAUGAUACCACUAUUAGUAAUAAUUUUCAACAAUACAAUACUGGAACUUCAAUAUUAGUGACAGCAGGGAUGCAAGACCAAAGAGUAAAUUAUUGGCAAGCAUUGAAGUGGGUAUCCAGAAUGAGAAUAAGACAAGCAAAGCAUUUUUGGCCAUAUAAAGAAAGUAAUAUUUUGAUUUUGAAAAUUGAUACUGAUAAGGGUCAUUUUGGAAGUAGUUUUAAUAAUCAAUCUGAUAGAAUUAAAGAUUUAGCAUUUGAACUUUCAUUUUUGAUUACUCAGAUUCAAUAG